CACACGCCACAGGGCAUUCCCCUCGCUGGAACCAGUCCACAGCAGUCCUCCUGUGAACCAAAAGCCGCAGCAAAAUCCUCCUCGCCACACGCAGAAUGCUCCGCCGCCUCUCCGGCGCCGCCGCGGGCGGACUCCGCCGCUCCCUCUCCUCGUCCUCGGCCGCCUCGCGGCCCCCGUGGGCCCUCAUCCAGCUCACCAACGUCGACAAGUCAGGCGCGCCGGCGCCGGGCGCGACCCUGCACCUCGACGCGCCCCCGUUCGUCACCAACCUCACCGUCCCCGCCCACUUCAUCCACCCGCGGCCCCUCCCCGACCCCGCCACCGGCGUGUACGGCUCCGUCCCGGGCCACGUCGCCGCCACCAGCAGCCACGGCCUCCUCCUCGUGCGCUUCUGGGAGUCCCGCUUCCAGUUCGACGUCCCCGCCACCGGCGAGUCGAUGCUCUGCGCGAUCCGCGACAUGUCCUUCUUCAUCGGCAUGGACAUCAACCCGGAGGUCACGCGCUUCGUCCUCAACCCGCUCAGCGGCGAGCUCUACCGCCUCCCGGACCUCGACGGCACCAAGAGGACCACCAUGUACCAGCACCUCGGCCUCCUCACCCAGUCCCAGGGCGGGCACGGACCCCCUGACAGGUAUGCGGUAGCCGAGAUGUUUACCAUCGGCGGCAGCGGCAGGGAGGAGGAGGGCUUCGUCUUUCGGCGGUUUCUCUCGGAGACGGGGAAGUGGGAAAAAAUGGCGGGCUUGCCCUCCCCAUUGCCGGCCGGUCGGCGGAUGCACAUCGACAGCGCCGUGGUGCCCUUCGGCGACCGCUUGUGGUGGAUCGACGAGAGCUGGGGCGCCAUCUCGGCGGACCCGCUCAGCGAGAGGCCGGAGCUCCGGUUCGUGGAGCUGCCCAGAGGGAGCGUGCUACCUGACCUCGAAGGCGUGGUGUUCAUGAGGAAACUCGCGCGCUACCGGCGCAUGGGGGAGAGCGAGGGGAAGCUGCGCUACAUCGAGGUGUCCAAAGAGAAGCCCUACGUGGUCAGCUCCUUCUCCCUCGACGACGGUGGCAGCUCCUGGACGCUGGACCACGAGGUGGCGUUUACCACAGUUUGGGAUGAUGAACCCUUGAAGGAGAUGCCGGCGAUUGGCGCAAUUGACCCACUGAACAGCCAUGUUGUGUACCUUGUGUGCGGCAACCAGCUUCUUGGCGUGGACAUGGAGAAGGAGAAGAUAACAGGGAGCUCUCGUCUAGCUAUACCCAGUGUCCCCAUCCUACCAUGUGUGCUCCCGACAUGGCUGGAAUCAAGCCAGAUUCCCUCUGCAGAUUGGAGCAAGAAGACCGCUGUGAAAAGGGAGACAUCGCCUGACAUGGUCAAAAAGGAGACUUUGUGUGUGGAAGUAGAGCUGAUGAAGUGAAGUGUACCAUCUAAUUCCUAUCUUGGUAUCUCUAAAUUGUCAGAUCAGAGUUGUUUUGGAGGCGUAGGGUGGUAGUUUCCUGACAGAUCAUUUUGGGGACUGCUGUGAGACUCAUGUUUGCAACUUGUUCAACCACACUCUGUGCAAAAUCUGAUGGAUGUCUUGCAUAUUUUGGUUUUCUUUUUUUACAUGGCUCAGUGUUAAUGCCCUUUUAACUUUGGAUAGAUCAGUAUCUUUUAGAAGGUGAUGUUAGGGCUAUUAGCGUCUUGCCUUAGACUGUUCUGGGAUCUUGUUAUCAUCAGCUAUUACAUGUAUGCCGUUGCGGAAUCUGGAGUUUAGCUUAAUCCUUGGCAUUGUAAUGUUGAGAGUUGGAGGGGUUUAAGAUGCUUGA